UUUAAUGCCGUGACGUCAGAUACGGGAAUCACAUGUCCACAUACUUCGGGAAGAUUUGUAUUGGUACGGCGGCUGGGCUUGGAAAAUAUUGGGAAAUGGCUACCCUGAAACUAUUAUGGACAGAAUCCGUAAACAUGUGGACUAAUGUGCAUGUGACACAUUAGAGAAGUGCAUAGAGUAUUUAUAGGAACCGGCUUUUAUAACGCUAUCAGCUUGCUCAAGCAUGCAUGGAAAUCUAUGGGAAUUCAUUGUUGGCGGAGAUUCACCCAUUAACAGGAAGUAGGAAUAGCCAAGCGACUGAAGCUGUUUUGAUCAGUGUGCUUUUUAAACAUUUGUUUAUUUUUUUUAAUGAUUACACUUUAAACAAAAAAUAAAUAAACCAGUGUUUUUAUAAUCAAAGUUGGAAAAAUAUCGAUGGAAUAUUGUAACUAAAAAUUCAAAGUCACUGGAGCUCGAACCUGUGUGAGAAGCUGUUUUUGAAAGUCCCAUGUAUAGACUUUCAGUUUGCUUUUGUGCUGUUUUUAUAUAUUUUUGUAGUCCUAUUUUUUUAACAGACCAUAUCAAUUGGAUGUAUACAAGACGAACGAACUAACUUUUGAUGCCAUGUCUGAGAGAAAAGUGUAAGCGGUUUUAAACAAGUUUUUCGAAGGUCGAAGACCUCCACCCAAGAUGAGGUCUUUGGCUCCCGGUAUCAGACUGAUCACGUCCUUCUCAAGAGACAGCUGGUACAGAGGUUUCACCCUCUUCCUCACCUUUCUCUUCUAUACCAGCUACCAUCUCUCCCGGAAACCCAUCAGCAUCGUCAAGAGUGAGCUGCACAAAAAUUGUUCCACCCUCAUUCGGCCACCAAACCUCAACGGAACUGACAAUGAAACCUGGUGUGACUGGGCGCCAUUUGACCAGGACAACUACCAGACGCUGUUUGGAGCCGUGGACAACUCUUUCCUCGUUGCUUAUGCCGUUGGCAUGUUUUUCAGUGGGAUAUUUGGUGAGCGCGUGCCCUUGCGCUACUACCUGACCACCGGGAUGCUUCUCAGUGGUCUCUUCACAUGUCUGUUUGGCCUGGGCUUCUACUGGAACAUCCACUCUAUCUGGUACUACGCCUUCGUCCAGGCAAUGAAUGGACUAGUGCAGACAACGGGCUGGCCUGCAGUGGUGGCCUGCGUUGGGAACUGGUUUGGAAAGGGGAAGCGAGGGUUCAUCAUGGGCGUGUGGAACUCACACACCUCGGUAGGCAAUAUCCUGGGUUCGCUCAUCGCCGGCAUCUUUGUAUCCUCGGCCUGGGGCAUGUCCUUCAUCGUGCCCGGCAUCAUUAUAGCAUCCACGGGCAUUCUCUGCUUCUUCUUCCUGGUGGAGAAACCAGAAGAUGUCGGCUGCAGCCCUCCGCAGCACCAUGAGGACAACGAGAAGGAGCCUCUCUUACAAAACUCAUCUAGUAUCGAGGAGAUCUUCAGCAGUCCUGGCCUGUCCAACUCUAUCUCCUCCGAGUCGACAGAGGAGCACACCGAGGCCAUCAGCUUCUGUGGGGCCCUCAGGAUACCUGGUGUAAUGGAGUUCUCCCUCUGUCUGCUGUUCGCUAAGCUUGUUAGCUACACCUUUCUCUACUGGCUUCCUCUCUACAUCUCUAAUGUUGCCCAUUUUGACCCCAAGGAAGCUGGGGACAUGUCAACACUAUUUGAUGUAGGAGGAAUUGUGGGGGGCGUUGUGGCUGGACUGGUGUCGGACCAAACUGGGGGCAGAGCCUCAACCUGCUGUGUCAUGUUAAUAGUGGCUGCUCCUAUGCUGUUCCUGUACAACCACAUUGGACAGCAUAGCCUAGGAACCACAAUCGGGAUGCUGUUGGUGUGUGGAGCCCUGGUGAACGGACCCUACGCCCUCAUCACCACCGCUGUGUCUGCUGACCUGGGGACACAUGAGAGCCUGAGUGGAAACUCUAGAGCGUUGUCAACGGUCACGGCCAUAAUUGACGGCACAGGGUCAAUAGGUGCUGCCCUAGGUCCUCUGUUAGCAGGAGUGAGACAUUUACACACGGUUGAUAAAUGUAGCCCCUGGUUUCAGGUGCUUGGUUUCCCCUGCUCAAGUGUUUGACUGUUAUUCUGACUGUCCCGUAGGUGCUGCCCUAGGUCCUCUGUUAGCAGGAGUGAGACAUUUACACACGGUUGAUAAAUGUAGCCCCUGGUUUCAGGUGCUUGGUUUCCCCUGCUCAAGUGUUUGACUGUUAUUCUGACUGUCCCGUAGGUGCUGCCCUAGGUCCUCUGUUAGCAGGAGUGAGACAUUUACACACGGUUGAUAAAUGUAGCCCCUGGUUUCAGGUGCUUGGUUUCCCCUGCUCAAGUGUUUGACUGUUAUUCUGACUGUCCCGUAGGUGCUGCCCUAGGUCCUCUGUUAGCAGGAGUGAGACAUUUACACACGGUUGAUAAAUGUAGCCCCUGGUUUCAGGUGCUUGGUUUCCCCUGCUCAAGUGUUUGACUGUUAUUCUGACUGUCCCGUAGGUGCUGCCCUAGGUCCUCUGUUAGCAGGAGUGAGACAUUUACACACGGUUGAUAAAUGUAGCCCCUGGUUUCAGGUGCUUGGUUUCCCCUGCUCAAGUGUUUGACUGUUAUUCUGACUGUCCCGUAGGUGCUGCCCUAGGUCCUCUGUUAGCAGGAGUGAGACAUUUACACACGGUUGAUAAAUGUAGCCCCUGGUUUCAGGUGCUUGGUUUCCCCUGCUCAAGUGUUUGACUGUUAUUCUGACUGUCCCGUAGGUGCUGCCCUAGGUCCUCUGUUAGCAGGAGUGAGACAUUUACACACGGUUGAUAAAUGUAGCCCCUGGUUUCAGGUGCUUGGUUUCCCCUGCUCAAGUGUUUGACUGUUAUUCUGACUGUC